AUGUCCGCCAAGGAGCGGCAAAAGAGCAAAGUGACCAAGGACAGCGUCACCCUCCUGCCCUGCUUCUACUUCGUGGAGUUGCCCAUAUUGGCAUCUUCUGUUGUUAGCCUCUAUUUUCUUGAACUUACUGAUGUCUUCAAGCCAGUUCACUCUGGAUUUAAUUGCUAUGACAAGAGUCUGAGUAUGCCAUACAUUGAACCUACACAAGAGUCUGUUCCCUUCUUGAUGUUGCUUAGUCUGGUUUUUGCCGGACCAUCAGUUACGAUAAUGAUAGGAGAAGGAAUUCUCUACUGUUGCCUGUCCAAAAGAAGAAAUGGGAUUGGAACAGAGGCCAAUAUUAAUGCAGGAGGAUGCAACUUCAAUUCUUUUCUUAGAAGAGCUGUCAGAUUUGUUGGUGUUCACGUGUUUGGUCUUUGUGCAACUGCUCUUGUUACUGAUAUUAUACAGCUAUCAACAGGAUAUCAGGCACCAUAUUUCCUGACUGUUUGCAAGCCUAACUAUACAUCCUUAAAUGUAUCCUGCUCAGAGAAUUCAUAUGUUGUGGAAGAUAUUUGCUCAGGAGCUGAUCUCAAUAUUAUCAACGCUGGAAGAAAGUCAUUCCCUUCUCAACAUGCCACCCUCGCAGCCUUUGCAGCAGUGUACAUUUCGAUGUACUUCAAUUCUACAUUAACAGACUCCUCAAAACUUCUUAAACCACUCUUGGUCUUUGCCUUUAUCAUCUGUGGAAUUAUAUGCGGUCUGACUCGUAUCACCCAGUAUAAGAAUCAUCCAGUUGAUGUUUACUGUGGCUUUCUCAUAGGAGGAGGAAUUGCUCUCUAUUUGGGCCUGUAUGCCGUGGGGAACUUCUUACCAAGUGACGAGAAUGUGUUUCACCCAAAUUUUCACAGAGAACCUCUAAGGUCAUUGACAGACCUCAGUCAAGAUGCCAACAGAAUCCUGCCAGGUAAAAAUGGUGGCAGCAGCGAUGGAAUUGUCUCUCACCGUACAGAAAGUAUCCUGAAUAGAAACCACAGAGAUUCAGGCUCUCUGACCAAUCUCAAGAGAGCAAAUGCUGAUGUAGAAAUAAUAACACCACGAAGCCCAAUGGGAAAGGAAAACAUGGUUACUUUCAGCAACACUUUGCCAAGAGUCAACACACCAUCCUUGGAAGAUCCAGCAAGACGAAAUGCAACAAUACAUGCAUCGAUGGAUUCUGCCCGUUCCAAACAAUUGCUGUCCCAGUGGAAGAACAAGAAUGAAAGUAGAAAGUUGUCACUGCAGGUAAUAGAGACUGAAUCUGGCCAGUCACCACCAAGGGCUAUUGAAAUGAGGUCAAGCUCAGAACCCUCCAGAGUGGGUGUAAAUGGUGAUCAUCAUGGCCCAACUAGCCAAUACCUGAAAAUCCAACCUGGCAGUGUACCAGGUUGUAACAACUCAGGUCUUACUGGCGGGCCAAGGGUCUCCAUUCAGUCCCGUCCUGGCUCAUCCCAGCUAGUACACAUUCCUGAAGAGACUCAGGAGAACGUGAACACAUCACCCAAAAGUAGUUCAGCUAGAGCUAAAUGGCUGAAAGCUGCUGAGAAGAGUGUUGCAUGCAGGAGUAAUAGCCAGCCAAGAAUCAUGCAAGUAAUAGCCAUGUCUAAGCAGCAAGGAGUGCUUCAGGGCAGUCCAAAGAGUUCAGAGGGAAGCACAGUGACCUGUACAGGAGCCAUCAGAUAUAAAACCUUAACAGACCAUGAGCCAAGUAGCAUUGUAAGAGUUGAGGCCCAUCCAGAAAAUAAUAGACCUGUAAUUCAGAUGCCAUCAGAAGGUGAAGGAAGUGGGUCAUGGAAAUGGAAAGGUCCCGAAAAAGUCACUCUUCGUCAAACAUAUGAGCUAAAUGAUCUUAACAGAGACUCUGAGAGCUGUGACUCCUUAAAAGACAGUUAUGGGUCAGGUGACAGGAAAAGAAGCAACAUAGAUAACACCGAGCAUCACCAUCAUGGAAUCACCACGAUAAGAGUCACUCCAGUGGAGGGAAGUGAGAUUGGCUCAGAGACUCUGUCCAUUUCUUCUAGCCGGGACUCAACUCUACGAAGAAAAGGUAACAUCAUUUUAAUCCCUGAGAGAGGGAGCAGUCCGGAGAACACCAGAAACAUCUUCUAUAAAGGCACAUCCCCCACGCGAGCGUACAAGGACUGA